AUGGAUGCUCCGGAGGUGGUUCCCCAACGUGUCCAUCCCAAGAAGAAACCAUGUGUGGAUGGCAAUCAACAGCAGCAUUCCCAAUCCCAGACAUCCAUGGGCCAGUGUCACACGAUAUCCGAGGUGCUUAACGACGACAACCUCCUCAUCGAGAUCCUCAUCCGUGUGGGCUUCCCUACCACCCUCGUCCGCGCCGCCCUCGUCUGCAAGCGCUGGUACCACCACGCCUCAGACCGCGGGUUCCUCUGUCGUUUCCGCAAGCGCAACCCACCCCGCCUCCUUGGCUUAUACAUCGACGUAAGGUGGACCUGGUUGGGGUUGUACGCUACUCCGCGCUUUGUCCCAAUGCAGCCCCAGGCCCCGGAGCUUGACACCGUUGUCCGCCGCGUGGCGAGCCAUAGCUUCGACGCCUACGGUGACGGAAUAUGGAUCAUGCACUGCCAGAAUGGUAGCAUCUUCACCAGAUACCGCAAAGGAACAGAAGUGACACAUGGAGUUUACCGCCCAUUGUGCCCUGAGAGAGACAUGGACUUCAUUCCACCACUCCCAACCGCCCAGAACCACAUGCAAAAACUUCUUGGUGCAAUCCUCUCCAAAGAAGAAGGUGAUGGGCUGUCCUACCUGUAUGUGUUGGCGGAGUGUACCACGCAAACAAAAACUUUCAAGGUGCGUGUGUAUAUGUUGCAAGGCGGCGUCUGGUGCAUGCAUACCUCGGCCACAACACAACUCCCUCAUAUGCUGCCUGCACUGAAAGCAGUGCUUGUUGACGAUAAAAUUUAUAUGGCUGACGUCUUCAGUAAUGACAUUAUUGUCUUGGAUUUGGCGACCUCGAGUUUUUCCAGAAUUCUGCUCCCACAAGGAGUGAAGUAUCACACUCUUCACACCAUCUUGUCUCGGGCUGAUGAUGCUUCCGGUCUAUAUCUCAUCCAUGUCCAUGUCAAGGAGCAUCAACUUUGCAUCUGGCUCCACAAGGGGGACAACUGGUUGCUGGUCGAUACCCUUUGUUUGCAUCAGAUGUGGGCUAAUUUGAGGAUGCAAGAUCACACGCUCGAGGACGAGGAUAUUAGUUACGCCUAUAUAAGCCAGGUGGGAGAUAAUGUUCAGUUUGUGUUCUUGAAGACAAUGUGUGGACGCAUACUCUAUCUGGACGUCACUAGCAGGACACUACAUAAAGUGCAUGGGAUGACAGAAAAGGAUCGACAUUUCAGUGCUAUCUAUCCUUUUAUGAUGAUUUGGCCGCCCAUAUUCCCUGCGCUCAAGGAUGAUCAAGCAAGGUUUUCCCUUUGGCCUUUACAUGAUCUAUGUAUUGCUCUUGUUGAGGCUAGUUUGUUUUGCGCAGAAAUUUCUAUGCUGCGGGCAGGGGAGUUGGGUGGAAAUGGGUCAACCUGA